AUGGAAUUCUGUGAAAGUGGAUCACUUUACGAAGUGAUCAACAACCCAAAAGUGAUCUACACAGUAACAACGGUCGUCACCUGGACAUCUCAACUCUUUGAAGCGCUUAAUUACCUCAAAGGAAAGCACAUUGUUCAUCGAGAUUUGAAACCUCACAAUAUCUUUCUCACAAAAAACUUUGUGCUGAAACUGGAGCCGUCCUCUCGGGAAUACACCAAAACGAUUCAAGGAGUCGACACGUUUGAUCAGUCGGCUUUCUGGUUGGAUGUAGUCAUGAAAACACGAACAGGAACAGGACCGACACCUCCCGAAUGUGUUAGAAUUUUCAACAAUUUGUUGUUAAGUGUACCGGAUUCGAAUAUGAAAAUCGAUUCCCACUACGACGGAAGCCAUAAGAGAUUUGAAGAUGUUUUUGGAAGAUCCUUCGUUGAUGAGUCACUUGAUUUCCCGUCCAUACCCGAUGAACUUACAACUGGAUAUUGUGCGAUCCGA